AUGGAAUUCCAUGUUGCUUCCCUUCCUUACAAACCUGAUUUCAAGGUCAUGCCUGAGGGCUGGGACGGCACUGCCAAAGAUCCCGAUGAAGUUCAUUAUGAGAUAUCUAUGAAGGAAGAUGAAAUGUUAUAUCAGGAAUUUGUGCAGAAGUUGAACUUCAAUAAGAAAAAGGUGGCUGGGGAGGUUAAAUGCCACAAAUACAGCAGGAGACGCCCUUCCGAAGGCUGGAACUUCACUGUUGAGAAACUGGGUCCACGAGGGAAACGAGGAGGUGGAGGUGGUUGGAAAUUUGUGAGCUUACCAGAUGGAUCUAGCCGACCAUUGAAUGAAAUGGAAAAAAUGUAUGUGAAGAGGGAAACUGUACGUCGCCGCCGUAAGAUCCUUCCUUGA